UAUAGUUGGUCUUUAUCUUCUUCCUCUACUAUUGUUGGUCUUAGCCUUCUCUUCUUCAAGCUUAGCUUGCUCACACAACAAGCAAGUUUACAGGUUGAGGGAGGGCAAGGAGUGCAUGACAGCUUCUCUGCGAAUCAUUCCUUUGAUCUCCAGCUUCAUCAGGGAGAGAUGAGCCACCAUAAGUCUUACUCUGUAGGUAGCAUCCCCUUCUCAUGGGAGAACCAGCCAGGUAUCUCCAAGGUCACACCACAAGCAGAAGAGAAUCACCUCAAGCUGCCGCCGCCACCAUGCAAAUCCGACAGCCCCAUGUCCGCGGCGCAUGGCCUACAUGUUCCUCUCCCACCGUGCAUCUUCCAGCCGCCGUCGCGGAGCUCGUCGAAGAAAGGUUUGAAGGAGGAGGACGACCCCUUCUUCGCAGCUUACAUGGAGUGCACCAGAAACGUUAGGACGCAAGGGAGGAGGGGUUCGAGGAGGAGGAAAAGAGAUGGUUUGAUUGGGUUGUUCUCCUGUACGGGUAGCAGUGGAGUUAGGGAGAAGGCCAUUGUGAGGCUGUCACAGCUUCCUGAAGUUAGAGAGUGAUGAGAGGCUUGGAAUCCAUGGGGAACCUGUUGUGCUGAUCCUGUGGUUCUUGCUCCAUGAAUCACCUUCUUCAGCAGUACUUUGUAAGUUCCAUUGUGUGAGCGAAAGAUUUAUGCAGGUCGGAAUGAUAGAUGCUAUAGGUGACAUGGUAAUAUUCUAAUUGAAAGCAUAGUUAUAUUGAUGAAUACAUGUAAUGAUAUUGUACAAAGAGAUUGCGCAAUAAGAGAAAAUAUUAAACAAUAUAAUUUGUUGGUUA